AUGGAUAUGGGACCAGACGACAUCGAUCUGGACGAUCUGGAGUACAACGAGCACAUCUACCACAUCGCCGUCAACAGCCAGCGUGAACGUCUUCGUCGCAGUGCAGCUGCUCCUUUCAAAGCCGUGUUUACCUUUCUGUCAAUGGUUUACAACUACCUCCUCCGUCUACGCAGCAACAGUGUCGGAAAUGCCCUCUUCUGGGUCAUUUUGACUCUCAGCUUCUUGGUCCUGGCUGGCGCUGUCACUGUCGUCGUGUUCCUCACAAUCUCUACCUGGCUUCACGGCCUCAAAUGGAUGGAUCCAAACUUCUCCUACGCGCCAACAACCAGUGUUCUUUCGGCUACUCCGACUUCUCCAUGGGCUUCUCUACAUUAUACAGCUCCCGUAGCUCACAAGAACGUCCCUGUUGGCAUGUUACACCCAGACAAUCGCCCUCCUGUCCCUCGACUCCCACUCAUCCACGACGAUCCUCCACCGUCGAAUGAAUCAAGUCACAAGCGGAAUCUCGAGAAUUGUGCCACCAACCUGCUUCAACGACUGCUUGGAGACGAUGUUGAGGCCUCUACGGACAUGGAAACCGCUCUCAAUCGCUGCCAAACUGCCAUUUCUGCUGUUUUGAAAGACCUGUUCUCGCCCAAAUUUCCUCCUGAGCCAGCCAAAUCACGAUCAGGGGCGUGGAAAUGGGUUGUUUUCAUGGUUCUGCUCGGUUUCUGCGUGCUUGGAGCUCGUUUCCUGCUGCGCAAGAUGCGAUUCCGCCUCCGAGGAUGCUAG